UCGAGAAUUCCAUUUCCGUCAACAAAACCAUGCCUCAUCUCACGAAAGAAGAGCCCCAGGAGGGCAAAGAACCGGGGCAACAGAGUGAUGGGUAUCACCAAUUUGUAGAAAUUCAUGGACCGCAACUCUUAGGUUCAGGUGUUCCUGAUUUUUAUUGGCCUAAACUGUUCGAAAAGCUGGGCAAAGAGACGUUUGAUGCCGGUGAAUUCUUCCGGAUCCUCUGUGUACAGAGUGAAAAUGAAAAUAAGUGGAAAGUGGUAGCAACUAAAGCCUUGGAGAGCAAACACCCAAACAGUAUAUUCCUGGUCGAUCAUGCAUGGACCUACAGAGUGUCUGACUGCCGGCCACAGCUUGAACAGAUUCCUGGCCUUUUGGAAAGGAUGGCAGCUCUCAUGGACAUCCUGUCAGAGGGGAGGUCAAAGGAAGAGGUCAUUGAGGACGUUCUGCAGCAAAUGUGGAAGUUUAACCAGACCUACAGUAUCGGAAAUGCGGAAUUUGGAUCAGAUGAGUCAAUGCCAAUAUGGUACAUCAUGGACGAGUUUGGCUCGCGAGUCCAGCACUCAAAUUCUCCCACAGUGAGGAUGUGCCCAUUUUACUUUGGGCCUCUUCAGAUCUCCUUUACACUCAUGUGGCCCUUAAAGGACCUCAAAGAGAAUGAUGAAAUCACAAGAGAUUUUUUACCAAGUGUACAAAAUCCAGAAACAAGAAAAGCCAGGUUGAUUCCUUGGGUUCCCUCUGAUUUGACUGCAGUUGACUACUCUCAGAAAGAACCAGACAUUUCUUUUUUCAGGUCGUUUAUUAAACUGGAAAGUUUUGCAGACUCUGACAUUAAAUAUGGAAGACUUCCACGCGACAGGAACCCCAAAGUUUACCUGAAAUAUAUGAGUUUCCACCAGUUUCUCACAGACAAUAGAUUUGAUAUUGUGGAAACAAUGGAAGAAGCAGAUAUUAUAUUCAUACAGAAACACUUCAAAGAAUAUGACAAAUACCCAGAUAAAUGCGUGAACCAGUUUCCCUUUGAGAGGGUGGUGACUGUAAAGGACCUCCUGGCGGUUGUCUCGCGGCGAGCAGGGGACGGCAAAGAAGAUCCAGACACAUUGGAGAGGAAUCCAAAAUGGCUUCCAGUCACCUACAAUUUGGAAACUGAAAUUACACAAUUUGUUUCUUACUUUCAGCAGAGGGAGAAAAGAGCUCUUGACAACCACUGGAUAUGCAAACCUUGGAAUCUGGCCAGAGGUCUAGACAUGCACGUCACAAAUAACCUGGAUUACAUCAUCAGACUGCCGGACAGCGGGCCAAAGAUCGCCUGUAAAUAUGUACACGAUCCAGUUCUGUUUAUGAGAGAGGACAUCGGCAAUGUCAAAUUCGACAUCCGCUACAUAGUGCUGCUGUCCAGCGUGACUCCGCUGAAACUUUAUGUUUAUAGAGUGUUUUGGCUCCGAUUUGCAAACAGGCCUUUUUCGUUAGAUCACUUUGAUGACUACGAGAAACAUUUUACAGUGAUGAAUUAUGUUGAUGAGGGACAAAAAUUAAAACAGGUUAACUACGAUGACUUUAUUCCGAUGUUUGAAUCACAGUACCCCGCUUACAAAUGGACAGAAGUGGAGGAAGACAUCUUCCAAAUGUUCAGAGAGCUGUUCCAGGCAGCCACAGCCCUGCCCAGUCCUCAGGGCAUUAGCCACAACCCACAGUCCAGGGCCAUGUAUGCCAUUGACUUAUUGCUGGAGUGGCGGAAAAAUUCUAAAGGGGAGAGAACUAUCCAGCCAGUUAUUUGUGAAGUGAACUUUUGCCCUGACUGUGACCGGGCUUGUAAAUAUCACCCUAACUUUGUGAAUGAUGUGUUCAGCACUCUCUAUUUGGAUGAUAUUGAGGGCCGACCUGUUACACAGCUGUAACUGUCUAUAACUGAAGGCCAAUUUGUUACACAGCUACAACGGUGAAUGAAAAUUAUAUAUACCUCUUAUUCUGUUGCGGUGUGUAAUAGAUAUUGAUCAUUUAAGGGGGGGGGGGAGAAGGAUAGAUUUCUUUAUUCUAAAGGUAAAGAGGAUAUUUUUUCUUGAAAUAAAGAAAGAAAAAAUGCUCUGGAGAGUUACACCAAUA